CCUGGCCGGCGGCAGCCGGUUCUGGCAGCGGAGCGCCGCCCGGGAGGAAAAACAUCGCAACCAGGCGCGAAGGGCAGAGUGAGUCCGGCGCCGCCGAGCCAGGAGGGAGCCCGAGCUUAGCCGGGCCGCCUCAGCAGGAGAGACCCCACCACCACCGCCCCCAAAAUCCUUGCCAGAAGCCUCGCAGCCCCUUAACCGAGCCCUAUCUGGAUUUGCACCCAGGGCCAGCCUCGGCGGAGCUCUUACUUGCAAAAAAAAAAAAAAAAACCAGCUCCGGAGAUCGCGGAAUAAACUGGGAGGAUCCGCGGGAAAACUUGAGCCAAUUAAAGGGGGUGCGCCUGGGGCGUCUCGCAGGUGGGAACUGCUGGGAGUCGGAGAAGCUUGGGCUGCUAGCUUGCUAUCGAAGCAAACGGGCUCUCCGGACAGUCCCGGAACAGAGAAUUAUUAUUAUUAAUAUUUUAAAGUAACUUUGGCUUGGGAAUUGACCUGAGCCCGGCCGGCCGAGACCCUUGGCUGGAUUCUGGAAGAAAUAACAAAAAGCCACUAACCAAGUUUUGGAUGCUGAAAUUGAUAGCAGCCUGCCCCCACAAAAAAACAACAACCCCUCUUUUAGACAAGGCGUUCCAACUGGAGUAAAGGAGGAAUUGUCUGGGUUUGAGCCCCUCAGAGCUUGCCUAGACUGACCUCUGAGCUUUGAACUCGGGAUCUAUCCGCGAUUAUCGCUCCCGCCCCGAUCCUAGGAAAGCCCUCCUGUGGAAUCCAAGAAUUCUUGCAGAUCUCCAACUAGGUCACCUGGCUCAAGGCAGGAUGGAGGAUGGUGCCCGUCGCCGAGGUGGCCCUGAGAAGGCGCCCGAAAAAACGGAAGGAGGCAGCGGAGUGGCGCUCAAGAAGGAAAUUGGCUUGCUGAGCGCCUGUGGCAUUAUUGUGGGUAACAUCAUUGGAUCUGGAAUUUUUGUAUCGCCAAAGGGUGUGUUGGAAAAUGCGGGCUCCGUGGGGCUGGCCUUAAUCGUGUGGAUCGUCACAGGCCUCAUCACCGCCGUGGGUGCCUUGUGCUAUGCAGAACUGGGGGUCACCAUCCCCAAAUCUGGAGGAGACUACUCCUACGUCAAGGACAUCUUCGGAGGACUGGCUGGGUUUCUCAGACUGUGGAUUGCGGUGCUGGUGAUCUACCCCACGAAUCAGGCAGUGAUCGCGCUGACUUUUGCCAACUACGUCCUCCAACCCAUCUUCCCCACCUGCCUGCCUCCAGAAAUCGGGUUGCGUCUCCUCGCAGGGGUCUGUCUUUUGCUGCUGACCUGGGUGAAUUGUGCCAGCGUGCGCUGGGCAACCCGUGUCCAGGAUAUCUUCACCGCUGGGAAGCUGCUGGCUCUGGCCUUGAUCAUUAUCAUGGGAAUUGUGCAAAUUUGCAAAGGAGAGUACUUUUGGCUGGAACCCAAAAAUGCCUUCGAGUUCUUUCAAGCUCCAGAAGUGGGGCGGAUCGCUCUGGCCUUCUUACAAGGGUCAUUCGCUUACGGGGGCUGGAACUUCCUCAACUACGUCACCGAAGAAUUGGUGGACCCUUACAAGAACCUGCCUCGAGCCAUUUUUAUCUCCAUUCCGCUGGUCACCUUUGUCUAUGUCUUCGCCAACGUGGCUUACAUCACCGCCAUGUCUCCCCAGGAGCUUCUGGCCUCCAACGCUGUUGCGGUGACGUUUGGAGAGAAACUCUUAGGAGUGAUGGCUUGGAUCAUGCCCAUUUCUGUUGCCCUCUCUACCUUUGGAGGCGUCAAUGGCUCCCUCUUUACUUCCUCCAGGCUGUUUUUCGCUGGCGCCCGCGAAGGGCAUCUUCCCAGCGUCUUGGCCAUGAUUCACGUCCGAAGGUGCACUCCGAUACCUGCUCUACUUUUCACUUGCCUGUCCACCUUGCUUAUGCUGGUCACAAGUGACAUAUAUACACUGAUCAAUUAUGUUGGUUUCAUCAACUACCUCUUCUAUGGAGUGACAGUGGCCGGACAGAUCGUGCUCCGCUGGCGCGAACCCCAUCGCUCAUAUCCGAUCAAGGUGAGCCUGUUCUUCCCUAUCGUCUACCUGCUCUUCUGGGCCUUCCUGUUGGUCUUUAGCUUGUGGUCGGAACCACUGGUUUGCGGCAUUGGCCUGGCCAUCAUGUUGACAGGGGUACCCGUCUACUUCCUGGGUGUCCAUUGGGAGAACAAGCCCCCGUCCUUCAAUACCCUGGUCGAUGGGAUCACUCGGGUGGGGCAGAAGCUCUGCGUGGUCGUGUACCCCAAGAUGGACGCCGGGGAAGCAGAGAACGACCUCAGCAAAGAGACCAAAGAACAGCUGGAGCCCAUGUGUGGUACAGAGAAGCUCGCCACGUCCCAGAAUUGAGCAAACAGAAGGAAUAUAUAGCCAAAACAUUGACUCCUUUGGGUUUUAGCCACUAGAAAUGGAUCGCCUGCUCCUGUUGGACGGAGCUGGACCCAUUGGGGGUCAACCCCCCUCAAUAUACACACUCCUUUCCUCAGCUUCUUGCAGGGUCUGGGGUCCACACACAUACCCCCCUCCAAUCCCUGCCUGCAGUGCCUCCUGGUAGGGUGGAGGAGGAUGGGGCAACCCUUAAGAGGGGGAGCCCCCAUUCCUGCCUCUCGUCCCACACUUUGGGAAAGUAUCCUUCGUUGCUGCCUUAUAUAUAUAUUAGUAUUUUUUUGGAGGGGGGAAAAUAUUUUAAGUGGUGGUGGUGGAACCUCAGCUAUCCUGGGAGAAUUCUCUCGUGCCGUCGGUGCCCUCGUAUUUUCUUCAUUUUUCUCUCCUAUGUUUUUUUGGGGGGAGCGUCCCACCCCCGGG